AUGGCUAGUUCAUCGAAACGACAAUCUUGCGUACUCUACGAAAAAGUAAUGAUAAUCAAGUGGGGUGUCUUCACGUCGGAUCCAUGGGAAGUCUUUAUCAUGAAUCGACAAGGACAAGCGAUUUUGCCUUUCUCUCGUCGAGUAGUUCCCGUCAAUCUGUUUCAAAGUCUACGGAUGAAGCUGGCCGCUCAAUCAUUGAAUAGCGAGUGUCAUCUCGAAAACGCAAAAAUUAGUGAGGAUUUUCAUCGCUUGACUACAAGCAAUGUUACCCAUCAAUGUUCGACGCCUAAGUCCUACGUUGCUGGGAAAACAACUAUUGUCAAUGACAAUCGUGGCAGUCAGUUGUAUGGAGAGUCCAUUGACGAUGACAAUCAUGAUGAUCAUGAUAAUCCAGCUCUUGAUCGAACGGAAGAGCUAACGGAUAUGAAUUCAACGUUGUCAACAUCGAUAAAGUUCUUCGUCGACGAUGGUCGAUCUACUGCUUUCAGCACACAAUCGUAUAGUGAAUACGAUGAUCGCAUGGAUGAGUAUGAUGAGUGGAUACGUCGUCAACAAGAUCCUUAUCAAUCUGCACAAGCUGCUGCAGCAGUUCAACACAACGAAACAGAAGAAAACACAACGAAUAAUGACUUGCAGAUGAUGGAAGUCACACAGUUGGAUCAGAGUGUUCCAUCGGAACGAGUGACGAACAAACGGCGACGACGAGAUUCGGUGACGACACCGACAAUAAGAGCAGUGCCGAAUAAUGUGAUUCGAUCAUUCAAUCGACUGUCUCUCAAUGUACACUCGGCAAAUGUGGUGGUGAAAAAACAACGACGAACAGAAUUACAACAGUCGUUGUGGACGGAAUAUUUUCAUGUUGGUAGUCAACCGGACGGUGUUUGGGCAUGUGAAGUAGAAGAGAAAAUCAGUCGACAAAGGGAACAAGGUGUUAUUCACAUCGAUCCGAUGGCCUUCGUUGUUCUACAUCGAGUACAUAUCGAAGAGCAAUGGAAUACGAUUCAGAAUGAUCUGAAUGCACAUUUGAGUCAUGUUCAUUAUGUCAUUGGUCAACAGUCACAAGGUCAAUCGAUUGAUCUUGCUGUCGUGUUGAAAGCUUUUAUUCGGCGAGGACAGCACAAGUUAAAUGCUGAUUUCGAGUGUAAGAAACGAUUGCUUCGUUUCGAAUAUCAAGAUCAUCUGUUGACAAAAGCAUUCUUCGAUUUGAAACCAACGAAAAAGGAGAUUCGAUCGGCUCGAAAGAUUUGGUCGGCUACACACAAGCAGGUGAUGGCCGAAGAACAGAUAGUCAUACUCAAACAUCGUAUAUCUUCAAGAAUCUUGUCAAAGAGAUUCGAUUCAAUAGAUCGUUCAUUUAAAGAUGUCGAUCGUGCUCUAAGAGAACGUGUGAUCGAUGAUGAUGUACGAGCGACAAUCACAAAUCGUCGUAACAAAGUUAUCGGUCAGAUGAAGCUAGAUUUAAUGUCGAUGGAGAUUUCAACAGCAGAAGCGACAGUGCGUGGCCAUACGCACACAAUCAAUCAAGAGAAAGAAAAGUUACUAUCAAGUCAACAUUCAACUUGUGAAGGAGAUGACGAAAAGGUGGUAGCAGCAACAGCAAGAAAUAAUAUUAUUAUCAAUGCCAUACUAGCUCGGCAAGAUAAUAUAGUUAAACGAGCACGAUAUAUUCUUGAUUGGAAAGUAAUCCUAGGCGCAAGAAAUAAUCUUCUUCCAUCGUCAGCUAUCGUCGAAGUAGCAACAUCACUUCGAGCAGCACAGUUCUUGUUUUUGGCCCGAGGACCAAAAUAUGUACCGACAUGUCAGAGUUAUUUUGCAACUGACAGCCUUGAAGAUGUGAUCCGUCGAGAAUAUGAACAAAUGUCAACCGUCAUUAUGAAAUGCUUAGCCGACAAUUGCGUAUCAGCGUCCGAUGCACGAGCAACAUUAUUUUUCAUUUCAUUGAAAAAUCUUCUCACAGAACUGUAUACAGCAAAGUUAUCUUCAAAUUUGUUUCGUCGUUCUCGACGAGAAUACAUGUUGACUAGAAGUAUCCAGCGCAUGCUACGUUCUUCACAGCAACAUGUUGUCCUGCGACGAACAGAUAAAAGUAAAGUCUUUCAUUUGGGUUCGCUUGGUGAUUAUGAACAGAAAGCAGUCAGUUAUAUGAUGAAGACCGGUGCAUACGAAGAAGUCGACAAUGGCAAGUGUCCGCUAGCUGAUAAUUUAUCUGCCGUCAUAGAAUUACUUGAUAAGUUAUUGAAAUGUAAAGCGAUUAACAUGCGACAAUGGUCGGCAAUGAUGCCGAAUAGAAGUAAAGUUGAAUUAGGGCAUUUGUAUUUUCUGCCCAAACCGCACAAGAUUGGUACACCACUCAGACCUAUUAUUUCGUCGAUGAAUGGAUCGACCAGAGAUAAGACCAGUAUCAGUACAUGA